GCCCUACACAUCCGAAACACUAAUCUUUAUUUUAACAUAAAAAAUAAUAAAAUAUUCUACGAAAGUCAUGUGUGACGUGGUUGUUUUGAAAAAGAAAAAAAAGAAACAGUUCUUAUAUCAUCACUCUACAACAUUUCCCUCCCAAAAACGCUUCUUACAUAUAAGACUUCUAAGUUUCCACCAAUUCGAAAACAUGGUUCCCGCCGGUGUUGAAAGCCACCAACACUAGGCGCGCCACCGGUUUCAUUCUUCCAUCUAUCUAUCUUUCCCCACAAUGGACGACGCAAACGCUACGGUGACGACUCUAGCGGAACUCCUUCAGUCUCCUCGCCCUCUCACUGCCACUGCCCAUUCCGUCUUCUCUUCCACGCCCCCGCCGCAUCGCUCCACCACCUGCUGUGUCCUUACAGCUCUUCCCCGCUCAACCGUCCUCGUCGGAACCCUAACCCUCCCCGCCCUCUCCGCUCCCUGCUCCUGCCUCCGCUUCUCCGACGCCUCCGCUACCCUCUGCUGCGACCUCCUCCGUUUCCGCCCCGCCGCUCUGAACAGGGAAAUACGCGUCACCGCCUGGAAUUUCAUUCCCUUCAAGCGCCACGGCUGCGAUGUCGCCCACGGCCUAUUAGAGAUUAUCAAUUGGCGCUUCUCCGGCACCAACCAAGGGUCCAACGCUGGGGAUUCGCUUCCGCUGGCGCCGAAUUGUGUCCGACAAUCCGGUGCCAGAAUGAGAAGCCUCCACGGUGUGGUGGAGUCCGUUGGUCCCCUCUUUGUCGUGCAGUGCACCAUGGCGGCUAGUACCUCUGGCUUGAAUUCAGGCUCUAAGGUGAACCUGCCAGGGUUUUCAGUGCAAUUGAUGUGUUGUGAGUGUAGGUUUUGUUGUUCCAAGGAGGUUUUGAUUGGCAAAUUGAAUGAGAGUAGGAAGGGACACUCUUUUACCAAAAUGGAGAUUGUGUAUUUUUGUGGCAGUGCUUCCUCUUGGCACCCUGCAAUCACCAAGCUAAUUGACAAACGCAUUGUGGUGUCUGGUUUGAAGAAGAAGCUAGUUUACCUGACGAAGGAGGAGUCUCGAGAGAUGUAUGUGACUAAAGAUGAGUCGGCUCUGCAUGUUGGGUCUUGUUCGGAGAAAUGCAUGCCAAGCCUGAAGAGUGAGAUCAAGGGAAAGGGUGAAUGUGGUUCUUAUAUUGGUGUAGUUAAAGGUGCGUACAUGCAAGGGAUGGUUCUGGAGUUGGACCAUGAUGUGUGGCUUCUUUUAACUGAUCAACUGCAUACCUCGAUGCAUGGUCUGAGAGUUGGCUCCAUUUUAUCUGUAAGAAAUGUGCAUAUUGUGAAUCCGCACUUUUCGUGGACAAAAAUAAUUAUUCUUGGGGCCUGCAUCAAGACCAGCAUUAUUGUGCAAUCCUUCUCCCCGUGCCAAACUGUGGUAUUACUUCUUGUCUCAAGCUUCCGGAAAAAGUUUGAUGGUAUAUUAUCUGACAAGGAGAUUUUGGGAUCAAAACAUAAAGAAGGGCUAGUUCAGAUGUAUGCUAGUUCACUUUUCCCUUGGUCAAUAUUUCAAACUCAGGUAAUACCGAUCUCUAUCUUCAUUUGUCACUGUAUACACACCUUGCUAAGAAUUAUGAAGUCGGAAAAUCACUGUAAAUUAUUGCCUAUUGGCAACCAGUUCAGUAUUUUAUCACGUGAAGCAAGAUAUAAUGGUAGAUCACUUAGGAGGAUCAUUCAAAGUGAAGAUGUAGGUGUUGUUUUGCUUGGGUACCUUAAGGUUGAUCCAUCGACUAGAAGACUGCAUCUGGUUGAUGCAACUGGUGGUGUUGAUAUUGUUAUACCAGACCUUCCCUUAACUUGGAACCCCAACGAAAUAUAUGAGGUGACGGAAUAUGAGGUUUUUAUGGACAAAAUAGACGAACCUGUGGAUCAGAUUGAAAGGCUUGGGAGUGAGUCAUUAUCAUGUAGAACAAUCUUUAAUUGCUCCAAAGCAAAAAGAGAAUUAAGCACUCCAUUUUUUGUUUGCUGUCAUUGGAAGAAUGUUAAAUGCAGAAACAUUCCCCUUUACUCAUGCAUAAAUAGUAAGAAUGAAAGUGAGACACUAGAGCCUGGAUCCUACCAUAUGCUUAGAGUAUCUCACAAAUUUCCUCUUCAAGAAAAGUACUCUAAUAAAGCAGGAUGUAUCAAGUCAAGUACUUUUGUUGAAGCCAUGCUUUUUCCAUUUAUUUUAUUGUUUGAUUGGAAGAGUGGAAUUGCUCGUCCAUGCAACGCUUCUUGGGACAAGACAAAGGAACUUUCAAAAUCUUGUCUGAGUGGUAAUAAUGAAUAUAAAUUUUCCAAUAAGAGGCAGAAACUUGUUAAGGAAUCAGUAAGUUCAUCAAAGGAGGAAUUUCACACUUCCAUAUAUGAGCUGAGUGCUUGUUCUAAUUCUUCCAGGAAACCAGAAGAGAACAGAAAAUGUGUCAACAUGAGAUCUUCUCAUGAUUUAUCUUGUCUGGUUACUUUUAAAUGCCUCCAAAGUGAGAAUGAGGUUUGCCCAGCUAUCUUGCGUUCUGCGUUACCUAUGAAAGAUGCAAGCUUAAAUUCAAAACCUUCUUCAAGGAAAAUUUUGCUAGAGUUCUCAUCAGAUAGAUUUUUAAAGUACCAGUUGUUGCAGAUUGGUGAUUAUUACAUCAUAGAUAAUAAGAGAAGGGAUAUCUCUGGAAGUACAAAAGAUGUUGACUUUGGUAGGAGUGACAGUGUUAAAUUACUUAUUGAUUCCAGAAAACGUAUUUGGAGCCUUUCAUUUAUUUAUGAUGAGAACCUUUCUGAUCAUCUAUCAGAAUAUACAUCUGCAAAAGAUUCUUUAUCUCCUUCGGCUGAUGGAGUUUCAUCUAAUCAUCAAAAACUUCUGCCGAGGUCCAAUAGUGAACCUUCCAGUGUCAGUUCAGAUGUUUGCCUAUAUCUCCCCAUCAGUCUUGCAGAUGUCUUUGAGGAUAAUGUUAUGGAAUUGGAAGAUAGUCGAAGCUUGCAGUCUGUAAUAUCAGAAGAUAGUGCUAACCUUUCUUUAGGUACUGGGACUUCAGAGGAUAGACCUAAAUCUUGUUUUGGAACUCAGAUCAAACAGCCUGUUCCCUGAGGGCAAUUUGAUGUCUCUUGAGGGAAAUGUGAUUGAAAUUCAUAAAACUGGCUCUGGUUUCUUCAGUUCAUGCUCAAGUGGUGCAAACGUUGAUUCUCUUCAGUUGAAAGGUCUCGUUGGGACUAGAAGCAAUUUCUGCAUUCACGUUUUAGUGCAUCACCAUAUUGUAACUGGAAUCUUAUUCUAUAUUUAUCUUCAUAUUUUCUGUGCUUAUUUUGCAACAUAAUCUUGUUAGUUUAUUUCUUAUUAGGUGAAUAUUUGUGGUUCUGUAAAUAAACAUACUUUCCCUAUUGGAUUUGGACCUGGUGUAACUGCAGUAUUUCAUCGAAUUCUCUAUGCAAGGGCACAAAAUAAAUUUAUGUUGCUGCCUGUGUCAUUUAUUGUAAUAAAAU